AUGUCACCUCGCAUCGGUGCUAUAAUCUUUGGAUCGGAUCAAGAAGUAGCUGGAGUUAUGAGAGCGGUACAGCGCGCCAACGCGACGCACUCCUUCAGCUGGGUCGGUUCUGAUGGCUGGAGUGCCAGGUCUCUAGUUUCCGAUGGCAACGAACGAGCAGUGGAAGGCACGAUUAGCGUCCAACCCCAAGCCAACGACGUGAAGGGAUUCAAGGAGUACUUCCUUGCGUUGAAUGUCAAGAAUAAUAGAAGGAAUCCCUGGUUUGUUGAGUUUUGGGAAGAUCACUUCCAAUGCCGGUAUCCAGGCAGCCCUCGUACUCCAUACAACGGCCAGUACUCCAGAACCUGCUCCGGUCUUGAGAGACUCACGGAGAAUAACACCGAAUUUGAGAGGCAGCUGCAGUUCGUAUCUGAUGCUGUCAUGGCCUUCGCGUACUCUAUACGGGACAUGCACGCUGCUGUAUGCGGAGUUCGAUCAGGUUUGUGUGACAUCAUGCGGCCACCCAGCGGAGCUGAUCUCCUGAAAUACCUGAGAAACGUUACAUUCACCGGUCUGAGUAACGACGAGUUCCACUUCGACAACAACGGCGACGGCCCAGCCAGAUACAAUAUCCUGCACUUCAAACAAACAUCUAAAGGAAUCUACCGCUGGGUAAAUGUCGGACAAUACCUGGAUGGGGAGUUGCAGCUAGAUUUGAAUCGUAUUCAAUUCAAAUGGGGUGAACGUCGUCCGCCGGAGUCGGUGUGCAGCGCCGAGUGUGAGCUGGGACAGGCCAAGCAGUACGUGGAAGGCGAGAGUUGUUGCUGGCACUGCUUCAAUUGUACUCAAUACGAGAUUCGGUCUACGGAAGAGACCCAGUGCACGGUGUGUCCAAGAGGCACCUUACCUGACCUGACGAAGACUUACUGCCGUCCAAUCCCCGAAGCUUACCUGAGACCAGAUUCAGCGUGGGCCAUCGGUGCUAUGUCCUUUUCAUCAGUCGGAAUACUUAUUACUGCUUUCGUGUGCGGAGUAUGGGUACGUCACAGCUCGACCCCGGUUGUUCGUGCGAGUGGCAGAGAACUCUCCUACGUCCUCCUUGCCGGGAUACUCAUGUGCUAUCUCGUGACCUUCGCACUUGUCUUCAGGCCUACCGAUAUACUCUGCUCCAUUCAAAGGUUUGGCACUGGUUUCUGCUUCACUGUGGUCUACGCAGCCCUCCUCACAAAAACUAACAGGAUAUCACGCAUUUUCAAUGCCAGUAAGCACUCUGCCAAAAGACCCAUCCUGAUCUCCCCAAGUUCGCAACUAGCGAUCUGCGCUGCCCUCAUAUCUAUACAGGUGCUAAUAGUAGUAGUGUGGAUGAUCGUGGCCCCCGCCCGCGCCAUGUUCCACUAUCCCACUAGAGAAGAUAAUAUGCUGGUCUGCGACUCUUACGUGGACGCGUCGUACAUGAUAGCUUUCUUCUACCCUAUUGUGCUCAUCCUGGUGUGCACAGUAUAUGCUGUGCUCACGAGGAAGAUUCCUGAGGCGUUUAAUGAAAGCAAGCACAUUGGCUUCACGAUGUACACUACCUGUGUGAUCUGGUUGGCGUUCGUGCCGCUGUACUUUGGCACGGCCAGCCAUGUGCCCCUCCGUGUCACCAGCAUGGCCGUCACCAUCUCACUCAGCGCAAGCGUCACGCUUGUCUGCCUCUUCUCACCCAAGUUGUACAUAAUUCUGAUCCGGCCAGAGCGGAACGUCCGGCAAAGCAUAAUGCCGGUGCGGUACAGCCGCAAGCCCCCGCCGACACAUCAGCUACCACACCCACCAAAUAAUAUCAAAAAACCACCAAGCGCUGAUAAAGAAACCCAAACGGAUCCUGCAGACUUCAAAUUAGUCAAUGGCCAAACGAUCCAGCUUAUGAACGACAACGAGAAGAAACCGCAACAACAAACAACUGAAUCAAAGCCUACCAUUAACAAUGUUAAAACUAUAAAUACCAAAGACAAGUCUAGCUCAACUCAAGUAACAAAUGACAAAGCAGAUACCUUAUAG